CCCUCCCCGGGCCGCGUUCACACACCUCGCCCCACGUGUGCACGGCGGGCCCGCCCGCUCCGUUGCUGCUGACACCCGUGCGAGCAUUGAGCCCGAGCAAGAGCAGCAGCAUGGCGGGGCUGCUUCUCCCUCACCGGGGCAGCCGCUGCUGCAGCGCGACAGCCGUCAAUAUUCUGCUGGGGCUGCUCCACGUCUUGCUGCCCUGCUUUCGACAAGGAGGGGGACAAGUGAUCGAGCCUGUCCCCAGCAUGGUGGAGCUAUGGCAAGCGGAAGACACUGAGCUUUUGCUACCCACUCAGACUGAUUCAGAUCAGCAUACAGGGGAGCAUUUAGAAGAACAGAAUAUUGGAAGGCCUGGUGGGAAGGCCUUACAUCUCCAGCCAUCUGUUCUGGAUUUCGGAGCCCAAUCUGUGGGUCUCCCCAAAGUGCAGACGUUCUGUGCUUUCAACCCUAGCAGGGACACAGAUAUUGAAGUGAACUCCGUGUUUACAAGUGGUAGAAAUUUCCAUGUGUCUCCUGUACAUAGCAUGGUUAUUCCAGCUAGAGGAAAAUCUUCAUUUACAGUUGUUUUCCUGCCGGAUGAAGAAGGGAGCUUUGAAAGCUCUUUAUUUCUAAACACUUCUUCACAUGGUGUCAUGUCCUAUCAGGUGUUUGGUCUGGGGACUUUUCCUGCGGCUUCUAAGAAUUCCAGGAGCUCCUUUCAGAAAACGGAUGUGUUGUUUCCUCGGAUUGCAAAUAUCCAUCUCUCACAAGCACAGGCAGAAACGAUAAACUCCAGUGUAUGGCAGGUUCGACUGAAGUGCAGCAUUCCUUUCAAACAGCGGCAGCCGUGCAAAAGCUGCUUUCUGUCUGGGCACUCUCUGCUGCUGCAGGUCUACUUUGCUGUCAGGCUGGAUGGCGGCCAACAUGACCUGGAGACCCUCAGAAAGUACAUACUGGAGAAUAUUUUUAUGAUCUUUGUGACAACUGAGCGAAAUGAAGACAUUGAUAAUUCAAUGAUUAUGUACGUUAUGAAUUCUGGCAAUGGGCUGGUCCAUAUGCAGGAUAUUCACCAUUUUCUUGGUGACAGUUUAUUUGUUCGUUUUGAUCCUGUCAUGCUUUUAAGCUCUUCCAUCAACUUCACAAAGGCAGCAACCAUUGUUUGCUCAGCCGUACGAGAGUCUGAGUGUGACUCCUCUGGUGGAAAACUAGCCCGUGUCUUAGAAGCUGCUCCUUCCCCAUCCCUGUGUGUUUCCUACAACAGAACAGAGGGGUAUUUGAAUUUUGACACUUCAAAAAUAUCAUUUUACAUUCAGCAACGUCAGGAUCCUACUGGGUUGUGGUCAUUAUGGCUGGAAAACAACCUGAACUUUCCUGUAACGAUCACUGAUGUUUUAGUACCAGAACAAGUCCGGGGGCUCUUUAAGACAUUCAAUUUGACUCGCUUGCUGCCAGUCCCUCCAGGCUGCUGGGACAUUUUUACAUUGGAAAUUCAAGCCAAAGACUCUCCCUUGAAUUUUUUGACAAACAUAAUGAUAAGCACAUCUUUAGGUGUUACAUUUGAGAUUCCUAUGCUUGUGCAUAAGGUUGUAUCGAAGUCUGGAAAUCAGCAGAUAAUUUCAGCACAAUGUGGGAUUCACCCCAUUAUCAGGCACUUGACCUCUGAGGAGAGUUUGCGCUGGCAGCAUAGUCUCUCCUUAGGGUUGUCUACCUGGAAAACAGAUUAUGAGUUAGGCACUGAACUUUAUGAGAAGUAUCAGAAGAUACAAGAUACAGAGUCCUGCAGGAGUAAAAGUUUGGAGAAUCCUAGCGGUACACGACAGAAGAAGGAUGCGGAGCGACCUCCUGUCUUCCUACCACGGUUAAAUGCUGAGCCUGGUCUAGCGGUGAAUUUUACGGCAACUGCUCUAAGUAACAGCUCGGUGAAAAAUAUAUUACUGAGGAAUCCUUCUCCUUUUCCAGUGUGGGUGCAACUGCUACCUCUUUCUUACUAUCCUAAUCCCCAAGCCGCUUUAAGCCUUCUGAGCAAAUGGUAUGAUGUAAAUGAGCUAAUGGUUGACUUUACAACAGCUGAAUUCAGACUCCAGAAGGAAUGUGACCAAGAGCAUGAGGAAGGUGAAGACUGUAGCCAAGAUGUGAUUGAAUUGCAGUUACAGCCCUGGGAAUGGCAGCAAGUUGGCGUAGUCUUCACACCUGUAGACUACAGGAAAGUUACUUCCCUUAUAGUAAUCAGAAAUAACCUGACUGUUCUGGACAUGGUGGCUGUAGAGGGGUUUGGAGCAAGAGAAAUGCUGCGGGUUGGAGGGAGACUGCCUGGAAUAGGAGGUUCCCUCAGAUUCAAAGUCCCAGAGUCAACCCUAAUGGACUGCAGACAGCAGUUUAAGGAAAGCAAGCAAGUUCUGUCCAUCACAAAAAUAUUUAAAGUUGAAAAUAUUGGUUCUUUACCCAUAACAAUUGUGUCCAUGAAAAUAAAUGGAUACAAGUGCCAAGGUUUUGGUUUUGAAGUCCUAGACUGUUACACAUUUUCUCUGAGCCAGAAUACUUCAAAGGAAAUAAGUAUUGUCUUCAUUCCAGACUUCACAUCCUCCUGGGUAAUACGUGAGCUAACACUCAUAAGUGCUUCCAAGCUGGAGUUUCGAUUUACCCUUAACGUGACUCUCCCUCAUCACUUGUUACCUCUGUGUGCCGAUGGUGUCCCAGGACCCAGCUGGGAAGAGUCUUUCUGGAAACUUACUGUACUCUUUGUCAGCCUGUCGCUCUUUGGUGUCAUUUUGAUAGCCAUCCAGCAAGCACAGUAUAUUCUCACCGAUUUUUUUAAGUUAAGACAUAGAAACUGCUCAAAUUCAUCCUCUCAGCACAUCCCUAACCCAGUGGACACACUCACCUCUGAAUCCUACAGGGGCAGCUGUAAAAGUUUUACAGACUCUUCCAGUCCACCAGAUAAGGGAAAAGGGAAGGGCUACUUGGCUGUUGCAGCUCCACCAGUCCGAAGCCAGAAUGCAUCCAAGAGGGGACCAGCCACAUGCAGCCACUCUCAGAAGAAGCACAAAUGUUCUGUGUACUACAGCAUAAAGCAGAAGCCAAGCAGUGUAUCCAGCAAUUCACCAACCUGUGACCCAAACCAACCGCUCAUUGCUGACCUGCAACCUCCCUCUCCAAAGGACUCCACUUGUAGUGAGACUGUAGCAGAAAGGUGGACAGACUUUACUUCUGUAGACCAGAUAGAUACGGGUAACCAAAAGCACUUAACCAGCCCAGAUGUUCUGGGUGCUAAGGAUUCUGCACUGCAACCCACGCUUCUCUCACAAAGGACUAUAAGUGAAAGCACUUUGAAGGAGAAGCCAAUAAUUUGUAUGUUUCCUGUGGAAACGGACUUCAAAACUUCCUCAGAUCAGUUGUCUGAGCAGCAGAACUGUUGUGGUUUAUCCUCGUCCAGUAAAAUACCUGAAGAUAGCAUGUCUAAUAAUCUGCUGCAGCAGCAGACUGAAUCACAGCCUGUUUUCAGAAAGGUGGAGGGAAAUAAGCAUCGGGCUUCUCCACCCGCUCUCAUGGCUAACGUAAACACCCCUAAAAAGACAGUGGACAAAGAGAUUUCAGCAGAAAAAAGUACUCAGAACGCCAACAGAGAGGAGAAGACAUGUAAUAGAGUGGACCUGGCCUCAGCAAAGCAUGAAGAGCCGUUUUGGAAAAAGAGUCCAGUGGAAAAAAGAGAUGGUAUGUUUCCAAACUUAAAUUGGAACAAGAACAGAAACUGUGCCAGGAAAAAUAAGAAGAAGAACAGCGUCUUCCCUGCAAGGGUUACAGAGCAGAAUGCCUUUAAAUACACUUAUCAAGAGGCAGCUAGACCAGAAUUAAGAGCUUCAAGCAGAGGGAAAAUGUGGGGUUCCUUGACCAAUGGAGAUGUUUGCAGAGGAGAACAAAAAUCUCGUAGAAUGCCUCCACGUGGUGAUACAGAGUGCUACCAGAUUCUGAAGAAAAAAUCCAUGGAUAAGUUUUCUUCCGACUCCAGCUCAGAAUGUGGCAGCUCUCGUGGUAGUGUACGGGCCAGCCGUGGCAGCUGGGGAAGCUGGAGCAGCACUAGCAGCUCUGAUGGAGAUAAGAAGAAUACCCUCCCUAAUCGCCUGUAUUUCCCUCCAAAAGAAGCCCCAACACAAACUUUCCCUUCAGAAAACCCAAUUUCAUUAAAUCUGUCACACAGUAUUUGUAAUACAAGUUCCGAUAUAAACUCCUUGUCUCACUACCCCGACAUUUUAUCAUCUCCUUAUCCCGAGGUGCCAGAGGCUGAUAAAAGCAAAGGUUUGUACCCCCCGGACGAUGUAUGGUCUGCACAGCCCAUGUGUCUAACCAACGAUCUCAACUAUAACCUUGAGAACCCAAUGCCAUGUAUGACACAGGAUCCUCCACCCGUGCAAAAUAGCUACAUGAAUUGGAAUUCAACAUGUGACGGACAGUUUUCUGGCAUUUACAGCUCUUUGGAGUUAAAUGACUUUAACUCUUACCCUGAAGAAAAUAUGAACUUUCACAAUAGUUUUUCAUGUCCUGAUGUACAAAAUCCAGCUUUUAUUGACCAAUGUCAGUCUACUUGGAACUUGAACCCUCCGGCUCCACCACCAGCACCCCCUCCACCAGGUCCUCCUAUGCCAAACUCCUGGGAACCAACCAACUAUGUCAGCAAUUCUCCUUACCUCUCCAGCACCAGAAGUUUAUCUCCCAUGUCAGGACUGUUUGGAUCGAUCUGGGCUCCCCAGAAUGAUGUGUUUGAUGGGUAUUGCCCUGUGAGUGACUCUCCUCCCCAUUCCGAGCACAUUGGGACUCAUUCAAUGUUGUGCAAGCAAGAAUACUCUUCAAGGUUUAACCCCUUUCAUGCAUACAUGAAUCUGGACAUUUGGACAACUGCUAACCGGAAUCAAACUUUUCCAGUCUCCAGAGACUCUGGUUACUGUGGGAACAUGUGAGCCGGAUACCGAUGGCAGAAAAUGUGAUUAGUGUUACUGGCUGUUUUUGGUCACUAGAAUGAGCAAGGUGUUGGAAUAGAGUAUGAUGUUGGUGAAUAUUUUGGCACUUUUUAUAUGGAUAAUAAAUCCUUUUUUUCCCUUUUUUACUGACA